AUGAAAGAAUACGUCCAGUCAUCUAUACUAGACCAAUGCAGCCUAAGAGCUACAAACCAGGAGCAAUACGUAGAUCUGAAGAUUCCCCAAUAUCUCAUAAACCACUGGAAAACUGAAGGAUAUACAACCUUACACUUUGGGGCUGUCAGACUCAUCCUUUCUCUUCAUGGAAGGAAGAACCAACCCAUCUUUUGCAAAAUAGCUCUACUGGACUCCAGCUACCUCCACUAUGAAAAUGUUGUGAUAGGAACUGUUCUAACUAUACUUCAUGCAGGAAGUGUUGUCCUCACAAUCUUCCCAAACUAUAACAUAAUAUACCGCUUACAAAAUCACUCGAUAGAUCUUCCUCUCUUAGGAUGCUCUUCUGAUUCACUAUUGGUUGUCACCAAUAGAGAAGAAGACAUACCCUCCAUAGUUCAGAUUUCAAGAAAGAUCACAAGGGAAGAAUUAACUCAGCUAAUUCCACUUGAAUGGAUAACCAACUAUGAGAGACUUCAUGUUGACAAAAGACCUAUCCAGUCUCAAGAGGCUACUUUUAGGAUAUCCGUUGACAACACAGUCAAGACGAUCUUUAAGAAGCCAGCCGAAGGGUCGAGCUCAAUAUCUCUGAUCUUCCAGUCAAUGAUGAUCCAACCAGUUCUCAAAGAUGAUUGGUGUCCCGUCUAUGCUAUUACAACAGAGGGAAAACACAUCUACACUGAUAAAAUAGAUGGCCACUUCAUUUGA